UCCUCAAGUUAAACAAGAACUUGAAGAUUAUGAAAAUAAAACAGGUAUUUGUAUGGAUAAUGAUGAAAUUUGUCUACAGCAAUUCCUAAAAUCUGAGGUUACUAUUGAUGAGGAAAUUAAACAAGAAAAGAUUGAUGGGCAAGAUGCUACGUCUAAUACAAGUUUCAAUGAAAAACCUCACAUAUUCAAUGAAGACACCAGUAAUUCAAGUAAAUCGAGCGAAUCAUUCGAAAUCGUUUCUACAAAAAGUACAACCAGCAAUAAUCUAAAGCUUCAUAAAUGUGAAAUAUGUAAUAAAACAUUCCCACAAAAGAGAAAUUUAAAUCAACAUAGAGUGAUUCAUUCCCGUAAACAUCCUGUUAGUUGUAAAAUAUGCAAUAAAACACUCGCCGGAAAAAAAUCAUUAAAAAGACAUGAACUUGUUCACACAGAAGAACGACGUUACAAGUGUGAAGAAUGCAAUAAAAUGUUCAAAAUAAAGAGUCAUUUAAAACAACAUAAAAUAACUCACACUGGAGAACGUCCUUACAUUUGCAAAAUAUGUCAUAAAGCAUUCAAAGAAAAACGGACUUUUGAUUACCAUGAAAAAACUCACACUGAAAAAAUUUACCCUUACAGUUGCGAAAUAUGUCAUAAAAAAUUCGAAGCAAAGCAUAAUUUGAAAUACCAUGAAACAAUUCACACUGGAGAAAGACCUUACAGUUGCCCAAAAUGUCCUAAAACAUUCAUAGCAAAGCGGGCGUUAGAACAACAUGAAGCAAUUCACACUGGAGAAAACCCUCAUGUGUGCAAAAUAUGCAAUAAAACAUUCACAUUAAAAAAAACAUUAACUCAACAUAAAAUUAGUCACACUGGAGCGCGUCCUUAUGAAUGUGAGAUAUGCAAAAAAACAUUUACAUCAAAACAAUCAGUAGCUCGACAUAAAAUUAGUCACACUGGAGAACGUAAUUAUAAUUGUGGAAUUUGCAAUAAAACAUUUGCAAUAAGAGAUUCGUUAAGAUUACAUGUAAGAGGAGUACAUGCUGGAAUGAAUAAAAAACGUUCAAAAAAAGUUUUGAAUUUGCCGGAAACUAGCCAACCAUAA